AUGAAUGUUUUCAAGAAAAAGACAAAGGCGAAGGACGAGGCUUUUGCCAUUCCCUCAGCCAAGUCGUCCGACGACCCUCCUCCCUCUAAACUAUCUCGCAGUCUGAAGCGAAAGCAAAAGAAUGUGGUGGAGCCAAAACUUGAAUUGGAUCUGGCUACCGCCUUGCCUCAGACAGAUGACUUCCGUACAAGUCUGCUGAUGCCUGGCCUAUCAGCGCGCUUCAGCAUGCUUCGCGAGCAGGAUGAUCCAAAUACAAAAGUCGGCAAAGCGAGUGACGAUAGCGUGCUCUUCCCCAAAAGAGUCUCUCGUCUCAAUCUAUUUUCACAUAAUCCUCUAACAGACAUUUCCGAGACCGACUCCCUCAAGGCCCCCUACCGACCACCUUUUGCCGAUACGGAGCGAUCACAAUCCGUGGCGGAAAGUAUAGCUUACGGCAGCGAUGAUGGCGCAAGCGUCAUGGGACGAUCCAGACCUGUGGAAGGUAACCACUUUUUCACAAACCGGCAAAAGACUUUUCAAGCUCCAACAGCGUCCUCAUCCAGCAACGAGCUCGAUGAUGUUCAGACCCCUUUGAAAAGCGACCGCUCCCUGGCCGACAGUGACACGGUCCCCGCGACAUAUCAGCAGUGGCGUGCCAAAGGCGGAGAGGUAUCUCGAGAACGCCGGCUGAGCGCGGAGACUGUGGAAAAUGAAAACGGUAGCGUGGUGAACACACCUUCAACAGGUUUCAGUAAGAGUCGAGGCACAGCAUCGUCAACUGCUUCAGGUCCUUCCAACCGUCGCACUUCAACGGCAGCCACUUCUGUCGUUUCUGACUCUCCUGUGGCCAGACAAAGCAACCUCAGCGCCGGUUCUAAUACCCGGAUCAACACAAACGAGUAUGGAAGCGAGGACAGUUCACUGUCGCGCAAUAUUUCUUCAGAGUCCCGCAAAGGUUUUCCUUUCAAUGAAGAUACUAAUCAGCCGCCCCUGCCCACCUCACCUAGCAACAAACGCCCGCUUCCACACUCUCGAAAUUUCAUCUAUAAAGGGGACAAGCUUGGCGAGCGCCCACCUCCUUUCCUGACAGACGCUCCGCGAACAGCGAGCCCUUCCCGGUCACCCCAAACCAACGGCCUUGCGUCCCUGGACUUUGGACUGAAUUCGGACAACAGUCACCAUCGAAAAUUUCAGACAGCAUCGCCCACAACUGAGUCGUUCGAGGACGACGCUAUUUACGUCCAGAGUUUACAGCCCAAUGAUCGGGGCAAAGCAACGGCACUAGGCCUCUUCAACCGGCCUCGUCAGCCUUUUGACGAGCAGCAAUUCCAACAACGACAGCUUCAAAUGCAACAAGCGAGAGGACUGCACGAGGGUUCCGUCAACAAGAGUGCCGAAGAGGCGGCAACAGCCGUGCAAGGUCGUCCUAGGAGCCCUUCGUCCCCGAGCACCCGAGGAUUCUUGCGUGGUCAAGAGAAGCCUACGAGUGUUUCUAACGCAAUGAGGUCACGCUCCCAAUCUUCUGCAUCUACUGGCGCCGGACACGUGCAGAGCCACAUCGAGGACAUCAUCAAGCGGCAGAAUGAAGAAUUUGCCUCGUUCUACCAGGCCAAAGCACCAAACAAUGCCGACUCUGUCAUAAAGUCCCCCAAGCCCUCACCGCCGAUGGCUAACGCUGCGGCAUCAAGGGGAACUUUCUACAAUGCAUUCGAUGGCAGCGAUGAGGAGGAGGACAUGGACAGUCCGAUGUUGGGCAGAUACGACCCUGGACCUCGCGUGGCGCCAACUGAUAUCCAUCCUGCCUUGCGUGACGGGUCGCAGACGUUUGAUUUUGGUCAGACUGCCUUGGAACCUCACGAUUCAGCCCAACGCCAAUCUGAUGGAUCUCUCGAAAGUUCAUCAGCGUCGGCUCUUCAUGAUACGCCAAAUACCUCGGACUCUGUCCACGCGUCCUCUCCAACAAAAGCAACUGACUCACCUACACUUGGACCUACUACCGGGCUAGGAUUAAGUGGCCUUAUUCGGACGCAUCUUCGACAUGAUAGCGAUCGCUCAUCGCUGGCGCCUCAGCCUUCUCCAAGAAGGUCACAAUUCGAUCAUGUCGUUUCGGAUGGUAUCAGAGACCGGCAAUCAUCCAUUGCCUCCACCACUCGGACCAUCAAUCCACCCGAGAGCACUCACAGCGACCCAUGGGAAUUCGAUAACGCUCAGAGAAGCCAGCGAGCUAUUCGUGACCAGGAUGCGAUCCCCACCAUGUCGCAGAAGGCGCAGCAGAUCCUGGGACAAGCCAUUUCGCACAAGCAACGAGCCAUGAGCAAAGCACAACAAGUCUUGGGCAAUGGAGCCCCUAUGUCGGAAGAGGUAACGGCAAAGCCCUUCCCAAUGGAAGCACAAGUCAAUCACCAUCGAGGGGAGAGCACAGAAACGCAGAAAGAGUUCGGCAACGAACUGGCCGAGCGUGCGAGGAGGAUCCAAGAAGGCUUGAAGGGAGCCCCUGAUCACGACCGUCAGGCGACAAGUACAGCAUUGGCACGUGGCGAGCGUCAAAUGCCAGGUGCGUCUGCCUUUCCCGUUCUGAGACAAAAACUCUCCAAGACAUCACUCGUUCCAUCACGUGGAGAGGAUGCUCAGAGCAAAGCUAUGAAAAUCCUUGGCGUGGGCGGUAGCCUGCCUCGAGCGGACAAGGGCAAUGGAUCGCCUUUCCCGCCGCUGGGUGGCGAUUCCGAUGAGCUUGAUGCCAACGACGGCUAUGCCAGGAGACCACCGCCAAGAAAAAACACAAUGGAGUUGGAAGAAGCUGGCGGCCCAAGCACGCCUGUGUAUGGACGAGCACCAGUUCAUGCGACAGAAUCAUAUGAAGAUUUCGAGCGUUCUCGGCAACGCUCUGUCAUGUCUCACAACGGUAGAGGACCCCGUGGUGCCCGAGCAGAAUCCGCGGGAGGUCUCUUGGGAGGGCAUGCAGGGCCGGGCUCGGCAACGAACUCUGCACUUCCUUCUCCAGUGAUUUCGGUGCAGUCCGCAACAGACGGUCGAGCAGCACCUUUGGGUGCGCGCAAGAAGUCUGUUACCAAAGGCAUGAUCUCAGACCCGGUGUUCAUUUCUAGCACGUCGUCUGUCCCAUUGGUGGGACUCCCAGUCAGCCCGCGACCUGGGCAGAUUGCGACACCACCGGUGCCAAUGAUGAAUCCUCGACGUCGUGGCAACACGAUGUCGGAGAAGAGCGAGGUGGUAUCUAGCCCUCGGCUGCCGUCGUCGCCGAUGCCUGAGAGUAGCGAUCGACCUCCGUUGGCCGAGACACAGUCGCCGGCCUUGCACGUACGGCCGCGAAAUCGGUUGAGGAAGACCAGCAGCGAAGGAGGCAGCAUAGCGGCGAAGGCACGAAACCAGGCCUUGCUAGCCGAGUUUGGACAUGAGAGGCUUCGAAGUCCUGCUCUGCCCGUCUUCCCCAACCGAAGUGCGACAUCUCUUGGGGUGCAUCAAGAUGGUGGCAUGUUUUGA